AUGUCCGAGGUUGAGGAGGGCUCUUUACAAGCCCUCUUUAACUCAUUCGCGAUGAUUAUUGCAUCGGAGAUUGGGGACAAGACUUUCUUAAUUGCGGCCAUCCUUGCUAUGCGUCAUCCACGACUAAUUGUCUUCGCGGGGGCGUUUGGCUCUCUCGUUGUCAUGUCUAUCCUCUCUGCAGAAAUGGGUCAUAUUCUUCCGACCCUCAUACCCAAAAAAUGGACACAGGCGGCAGCAGCGGCGCUAUUCCUUGUGUUCGGUGGGAAGAUGUUGAUGGAGGGUCGCGCGAUGAAGUCUGGGAACGACAAAAUCCAAGAGGAGAUGAGAGAGGCCCAAGAAGAAAUAGAAGGAGACGAAUCGCCAAACAAUGCUAUCCCACUUGAACACAUAGAAGCUGGUCUCGCCGCCACCACUCGAAUAUCACCUUCGCAGCCUCGCUCAUUAGCUCAAGGCGCUAGAAAUUUCUUCAACCUAUUCUUUGGACCCGUCUUCGUGCAAGCAUUCAUCUUGACUUUCCUUGGCGAGUGGGGUGACAGAAGCCAAAUUGCUACGAUUGCUCUCGGGGCUGCCCAUAACGUAUACCUCGUCACUGCUGGCACAAUCUUCGGUCAUUCAUGCUGCACAGCGCUAGCGGUCAUUGGUGGACGCUAUGUGUCGUCAAAGAUAUCAGUCAAACACGUGACGCUUGGCGGCGCGUUUCUUUUCCUGCUAUUUGGGCUCAUCUAUCUGUAUGAAGCCUUUGGUAGAGAAAGAGGACCUGAUAUCGAAAUGACCAUUGCCUCAUACAACUUUCCUUUUCUUUUGAUGACGACAGAAAACAUUCGCGAUGGUCCUGGGCACUUGCUCUCGCUCAAAGUCAUGCGGGUUUCUCGACCAUCACUGGCUAGUGCAUGGCAGCCGUUCUACUCGAGCUCGCCAUCCUUUUCAACACACUCAACGACAUCCAUUCUGUCUCUUCAGGCAACCGAUCCCUUGCCUGGCCAUCCCAAAACUCUACGAGAUCUCCAUGUGUCAGAGCUCUUGACCCUCCCUUCCUCGUUUGGCAAGAUCGAGCUGGGCGAAACCUUCUCUAGCUGUCUCUGCGUUAAUAAUGAAGCCCAAUCCCACGUCGAGGCCGUCCAUCUCAAGGUCGAAAUGCAGACCGUCACUUCCAAGGUGUCACUUGGCGAAUUCGGAGGCGCCGACACGCGUCUAGCAGUGGGUGACGCGUUGGAGGAUGCUGUAGUUCACCAUGAGGUCAAGGAGCUCGGGCAGCAUGUUCUGGCAUGCACGGUCAGCUAUCGGUUGCCUUCAACCUCGUCGCCCAACGAUACUGAACAAAUCAUACAAACUUUCCGCAAAUUCUACAAGUUUGCCGUCACGAAUCCGCUUUCGGUUAAAACCAAAGUUCACACCCCACGAUCUCCCUCUGCUCUCCUCUCGCGCGCCGAACGAGAAAAGCUGUUCCUUGAAAUCCACAUUCAAAACUUGACGACGGAUAGUCUGUGGUUUGAGCGGAUCCAAUUCGAAAGUGCGGGGAAUUGGGAUGCGUUUGAUGCUAACGAGGGAAUCUUCGCUGGGUCGAUGCAACCUCAAGAUAUGCGACAGUACAUCUAUGUUCUCAGUCGACCAAUUAAUACUCUUCAAACCCAGGCAGAUGAGCCUGGUAGCGUUAUUCCUUUGGGCCGGCUGGACAUAUACUGGCGGUCCGCAUAUGGUGAGCCUGGCCGACUCUUGACAUCCAUGUUGUCCAGGAAAAUACCCCCCGUGGUACAGCCCGCGCCAGCGCUACCUCUGCAUCUAAAGAGAGGAGUAACAGGGCCACACUCACCUCAACUUUCCAUGUCGCGACCUGACUCUCCCAUAUCAUCUCAACGGCCGGCAUCACCAUUUCGGAAUCGUCCACCGUCCAGCAUUAUACCCAGAACACUGACUCCUCCACCUGCACCGUCGAUAUCAGACAUUCAAGUGAACCUCGUCGUGCGCCAUCUCGCCACAGACAACAUUCGACUUAAUGUGCCUUUCAAAAUCGAGCUCACAAUGAGUGUUUCCGCGCACGUUUCCUUGGGACGGCGGCGCAGUUUGUUGAUAGCACUUCAACAUCUGGAACCGUUGACAUCUUCUCCUGCUCCUGCCAUCCCACGACCACCAGCUUCAGAAUCCUUCAGUCCGAGGAUAGCUUCUUCCCCUGGAUUUUCCACACCUUCGCCAAUGUCUGCUACAUUCAACGUUCAGCUUGCUCACCAAAAGUUGUCCGGGAUUUCUUCUGCGGCUCUGAUAAGCUCUAGAUCUGCCGAUGUUAUCGAGGCAGACACAUAUACUCUUCCACCGCCAUAUUUUUCAAGUUCAGAUCCGCUGAAACCACGGACUAUAUUUUGCGGCUCAUCCGCCAUCCAACUAGAACCAAUUGAGCUGAUUGGGGACCAAGACGAUGAUAUGAUUGAUGUGGUACGUGAACUUGAACUGCAGUACAUGCCUGUGUCAGUUGGCUUUUCGUCCGUUGGUGGUUUGCGUGCUGUUCUAUUGCACGACAGAUUCCUCGAUUCCGACGACAUCGACAAACGCGCUGAACCCAAGACAUUGAGACAGUGGGAUGUGAUUGCGGAAGUUUGGAUAGCAAACUAG